UGGCUGGCACUCAAACUGGCACUUGAAGUGCUUGGGAAACCUUGGACUGUUCCCUCUGGUACCUAUUGAUGGUGUCCUCAGCUGAGAGCCCAUUUCUUCUUAAUUUGUCUUCCUCUGAACAUGGCGAAGGAAGAGGGGAAUUUAUUCUGACUAAUUAAAUUCAUUAACCGCUGGUGUCCCCCACUCCACUGUCUCCGGGUGCUGCCGGUGCCACCGUGGCCGGGCACUCCCACUGCCACAGGAUGGCUGAGCUGUUUGUGUUCACCGUCACCUUCCCCCCCUUCGGAAUUUCCCAGCCCCCGCAUCCGGCUAUUGUACCCCCCCAUCCGGGAGCCGGAUCCAGCCCCGGUGCUGGCAGGGAGGAACCGGGAUCUCGGGAGGAAACGGGAAGGCUGGCCAGGGCCAGCAUGGCGGGCGGCUGGGAGACAGCACUGGGCCUGGGGCUCUGCCUCGCCGCCCUGCACCGCGGAGGCUGCCGCCUCCCCAGCGUGGCCACGGCACCCCAAGCUCCAGCUGUGCUGCGGGACAAUUUCCGCCUGCAGCCAGGUGACUUGGUGACCACAGCGGGGCAAACAUUGGAGCUGGAUUGUGUCCCCCCCUUGGGGUACCCUGAACCCUACGUUACCUGGAAGAAGGACGGGGUGACCUUGGACUUGGUAGGUGAGAGGUACGUGGUGACCAAGGGGAAGUUGCAGGUGGCAUCAGCGCAGCGGAGCGACUCCGGUCUCUACAUCUGUGUGGCAUCCAAUGCGGCAGGCAAGAGGGAGAGCCGGGGUGCCCGCGUCUCCGUGCUGGAGAAGCCAAGCAUUGUGCGGCACCCAAGUGACGCCGUGGCAGUGGCUGGCAGCACCGUGGAGCUGGGUUGCAGCACCCGAGGUGACCCAGCGCCACAGGUGCAGUGGCACAAGGAGCGUGGUGACCUGCCCUGGGGCAGGCACGAGGUGGACCGGGAACACACUUUGCGCCUCUAUGCCGUGACGUCCGCCGAUGCCGGCACGUACGUGUGUACAGCACAGAGUCAGCUGGGCACCGCCGCCGCCACCACCUUCCUCCAUGUGGAGGACCAGCUGGCAACGGGCCAGCAGGAGACUGCACCACGGGACCUGCUGGCUGUGCGGCUGCACCUGGACAACGGCACUGCACUGCCCACUGCUGCUGUCCAGCUCCGCUGGCAGAUGCUGCUGCCGGUGCCAGUGCCUGUGGGCUACACGGUGCUGUACCGCAGCCUAUUCCCAGUCACCACCUCCUGGGUCCAACACAACGCAGGCAGGGAGCUCAGCACCAUCAUCCCUGCACUCCGCAGGGGCUACAAGUACGAGUUCAAGGUACGACCCUACACUGGAGGGACCCAGGGCUCAGACAGCAACAGCAGGCACCUCUGGAUACCCGAGGAAGUGCCUAGUGCAGCACCCCAGCACGUCACCAUCAGCCAGGCUGAGACAGGGAACGGCACCGUGGUCGUGAGCUGGGAGCCACCUCCUCCUGAAGCCCACAAUGGUGUCAUCCGUGGCUACCAGGUUUGGUCAAUGGGUGAGGGCUGGCAGCGCCCCACCAACAGGACAGUGGACGGAGCCACCCGCCGCCUGGAAACCCUCCUCCCACACCCUGGGGCCGAAUUCUGUGUCCAGGUGGCAGCUUUCAACAGCGCAGGGCUGGGGGUUCCCAGCAAUGCCACGUGUGGUGUCCUGGGGCUGACAGCGGGGAGCAGCAGGGUGGUCCAGGCACUGCAGCAGCCUGCUGUCAUCGCAGCCGCUGGUUCCAUGCUCUGGUUGGCCUUACUCGCCCUCCUCCUCCUCGUCUGCCAGCGUCGUGCCAGCCAGGACGCCACAGCUCGCCACAGGCUGGUGGCUGGUGACUCACGGUGGCUUGGUGGGCCCUGGAAACCCAGCUGUGCCCCCCGAAACCUCAGCAGCAGCAGCAGCCUCAGCAGCCGACUCCUGGGCAGUGAUGGCAGGGACCCCCACCCCUCCAGUGAGCCCCGUGGGGACUGGGAUGCCAACCCACUGCCAUGGGACCCCCACCCCUCCACCCUCUCCUUGGAGCCGCCGAGCCUUGGUCCGCCCACGCCCCCCAACCACAGCAGGCUCCGUGGGGAGCACCCACCGCCCCUCAGGGACGCGGGGUGCUGCGGUGGGGGGCACCCCGGGGUGCAUACCUCACCCAGUACCCCAAACCCAGCACCUUGGGAGCGUGUGCGCAAGAGAGAGCUUCAUCAAGUGCACAGCACCCCGGUGCUCACAGCUGGCCCCAGCCACAUCCCUGUCACUGGAAGUGGAGGCGAGUGGGGGACAGAUUUUGGUCUGGCAGCCAGGCGGCCUCAGCAAAGGGGACAUGAGGGUGACACGGUCACUGCCGUGAUGGACAGCACAGACCCACAGCUACCAGUCUUCAGCUCUCCAAAACCACGUCGGGGCAGCACUUCACUGGCCUCUGGUGUAACCAGGUCACCGGUGACACCACCGAGGCCACCCCAUGCCUGGCACCCGCCAGUGACACGGUCCCCCGCCUCCAUGUACCCCAGGGACACAUCUCUGGUCACCAGGCAUCCCAAGGACACGUCCCCAGUCACUGGGAUCCCCAGGGACACAUCUCCACUCAUGCGAUGCCCCAGGGACCCAUCCCCAGUCACUGAGAACCCCAGGGAUGUGUCACCGGCCACCAGGAACCCCAGGGACAUGUCCUUGGUCACUGAGCACCCCAAGGACAUGUUCCUGGCCAGCAGGCAUCCUAAAGAUGUGUCCUCAGUCCCCAGGACCCCCAGGGACAUGUCACCAGCCACCAGGCACCACAAGGACCCAUCACCAGCAACCAAGCACCAGAGGGACACAGUCUUGGCCACCAGGCACCCUGAGGACACCUCUCUGGUCACUAGGUGCCCCAGAGACCCAUUACCAGUGGCCAAGUGCCAGAGGGACAUGUCACUGUCCACCAGGCACCCCAAGGACAUGUCCCCAGCCAGCAGACACCCAAAGGACACGUCCCCAGGCACAAGGCUCCCCCAGGAGAUGUCCCCAGGCACCAGGCAUUGCAGGGACAAGUUCCUGGCCUCCAGGCACUUGUUCCUGUGCAGCAGGUACUCUGAAAACAUGUCACCAGCCUUGAGGCAUCCCAAGGACACAUUGCCAGCCACUGGGCACCCCAGGGACACAUCCCCAGUCACCAGGCACCCUGAGGAGAUGUCACCAGUCUCCGAGCACUGCAGGGACAACUUCUUGGGCACCAGCAGGUACCCUGAAAACGUGUCACCAGCAGUAAGGCAUCCCAAGGACACAUCUCCAGCCACCAGGCAUCCCAAGGACCCAUCUCCAGCCACCAGGCAUCCCAAGGACGCAUCUCCAGCCACCAGACAUCCCAAGGACACAUCUCCAGCCGCCAGACAUCCCAAAGAGGUGUCCCCAGUCACUGGUCACCAGAAGGACAUGUUCUUGGGCACCAGGGACGUAUUCCUGGCUACCAGGUACCCCAAGGACACAUCCCCAACCACCGGGCGCCUCUCGCCAGCCUUCAGCGAUGGAGUCCUCACACAACAGCAGGUGGCUGAGGUCCUGGAGAUGGACCAGGAUACUACCUGCUGCAGACCCCCGGCACCAACCACACCACGGUCUUUCUCACCGCUGCACACCUACGGCUACAUCUAUGGGCCAACAGCCUCUGAGCUAGGUGAGGAGGAGGAGGAGGAAGAGGAGGAGGAAGAAGAGGAUGAGGAGGAAGAGCAUACAGCAACGAGGGGCUCGCCAGGAGGGUCGCUGCUGAACGGCUGGGGGUCUGUCUCAGAGGACAACUUUGCCAGCGCCCGCUGCAGCUUGGUGAGCUCCUGUGACGGCUCCUUCCUCCUGGAUGCCAGCUUUGCCCGGGCGCUGGCCGUGGCUGUCGAUGGCCUCUGCUGCAGCCUUGAGGACACCGACGGGGAUUACGGGGGUCCCUCACCACCAGCAUCACCCUUGGAGCAGGUCUUCCCACCCAGAGUCCCCACCACCACCUGGGACUGGUGGAAAGUGCUGGAGGUCCCACAGAGAAUCAGGACAGAGGCAGCCAUGAACGGUAGCUCACAGAACGGUGGCCAGGGGUCAGGGAUUGGCAGCCCCUGGGCCAGGGAAGGUGGUGACCUGGGGACAGGAGGGACAGGAGCGUGGCAGUCCCCAGGGCGCAGGACGCAGCAAGGCCAGAGUCCCCUUGGCUCGUCUAAAAUCCAGCUUUAUUAGGCAGUUCCCCAAACAGGGGCUCUUUACUGGGAAAAGCCACCCACAAAGGGUGGGUGGCACAAAGGUGGGUGGGUGUCCCUCCUUAUUCAGCGUUCUUGUCCUUCCCAAGUGUCCUUCUUCUUCCACAGUGUCCCCAUCCCUCCUCAGUGUCCCCACCCCCUCCCAAAAUUCCUCAUUCGUCCCCAGCAUCCUCAUCCUCCCCAAGAGUCUGCAUCCCCUCUAAGUGUCCUUGUCCUUCCUCAGUGUCGUCCUCCUUCCCCAGCAUCCUCAUCCCCACUAACUAUCCUAGUCCAGCCCAGGCACUGUUGUCCACCCCAAGUGUCCUUGUCUUUCCCUGGGGUUGUUGACCCCCUGACCAUCCCCAUCCCUGCUGAUCAUUCCCAUUCCUUCCAACUGUCCUUGUGCUUUCUGAUAGUUCAUGUCCUUCCUCAGCAUCCUUGUCCCACCUUGAUCACCCCUGUCUCUCCCAAGUGUUCUCAUCCUUCCCAAGCCACCUGAGUGGCCUUGUGCUCCCUCCAAGUCUCCUUGUCCCUCCUAAUCAUCCUCAUUCCCAGGGUUCUCAGCCCUCCCGAGUGUCUUCUUCCUUCACCAGUUGUUUGUUCCCCAUGCCAAGUGUCCUUGUCCUUCCCCACUGUCGUCAUCCCCCUGCAACCAUCCUCCUUGUCCCUUACUGCUGUCCUUGUCCCUCCCAAGCAAUCUUGUUUUUCCCAAGUGUCCUCUUCCCUCCAGCAAUCCUCAGCCCCUGGGAAUCCUUGUCCUUCCUGUGUGUCCUCUUCCCUCCAGGCAUCCUUGUCCCCCAGCCUUCCUUGUCCUUCACCAGCACCCUCAUCCAUCUGUUUUGUCCUUGUCCCCCCUAGCUGUCCCCAUCCUUUUCAACCACCUCAUCCCUCCCAGACAUCCUUGUCCUUUCCCAGUAUUCUUGUUCCUCCCAACCAUCCUUGUCUCCAGGAUCCUUGCCCCACUUAAGCAUCCUCCUCAUCCCUCCGCAGCGUCCUCAGCCCUCCUCAGCAUUCUCAUCUAUCCCAACUGUUUCUGUCCCCAGGGUUCAUGUCCUUCUCUGAGCAUCUUCCUUGUCCCUCCUGAGCAUCCUUGCUCCUCCCCAGGGUCCUCAUUCCUUGUGACUGCCCUUGCCCCACCCCAAGCAUCCCUGUCCCCCCUCACGCCGAUGCCCACUGGCCGCGAGCUCUGUGCAACCCAUUUCCAUAGAGCCACUCAGAAAUUAAAGAACAUCCCUCCA